AUGGCGUCGACCACCGAUUUCUCCAAAUCUCUGCCAUCUCCUUUCCUCCAUGGAAAUGCGAGAUUGAAUUCGCAGAGAGGAACUAGACAGAACAUCAUCAUGACAUGGCCAAAACAGACAAGCUCUAAAAGUUGCAACAGGUCCCUUCGUGUGAAUGGAUUAUUCGGAGGUGGAAAGAAAGACAAUACUGAGGAUGGACAAUCAAAGGCAGGGAUAUUUGGAAAUAUGCAGAAUAUGUAUGAGACUGUGAAGAAAGCUCAAAUGGUUGUUCAAGUUGAGGCUGUGAAAGUGCAAAAAGAGUUAGCUGCCGCAGAGUUUGAUGGUUAUUGUGAAGGCGAGCUUGUCAAGGUUACGUUAUCAGGUAACCAGCAACCAAUCCGUACUGAUAUAACUGAUGCAGCAAUGGAACUAGGUUCUGAAAAACUUUCACAGCUGGUUACAGCAGCGUACAAAGACGCACAUGCAAAGAGUGUAGUGGCUAUGAAAGAAAGAAUGAGUGACCUUGCGCAGAGCUUAGGCAUGCCACCGGGCCUCAGCGAAGGACUCAAGUAA